AUGGCGGACCAACUCACCGAGGAACAAAUCGCAGAAUUUAAAGAAGCAUUUUCAUUGUUCGAUAAAGAUGGAGAUGGGACAAUUACAACAAAAGAAUUAGGAACAGUAAUGAGAAGUUUAGGUCAAAAUCCAACAGAAGCAGAAUUACAAGAUAUGAUCAAUGAAGUUGAUGCUGAUGGUAAUGGAACCAUAGAUUUUCCAGAAUUUUUAACAAUGAUGGCUAGAAAAAUGAAAGACACGGAUAGUGAAGAAGAAAUACGUGAAGCAUUUCGGGUGUUUGAUAAAGAUGGAAAUGGAUUUAUAUCCGCUGCUGAAUUACGGCAUGUAAUGACCAACUUAGGAGAAAAGCUGACCGAUGAAGAGGUUGAUGAGAUGAUUCGUGAAGCAGAUAUUGAUGGGUAUGCAUUCGUUAGUAAAACAUCUGAAUAUUCGUUGCGUCGAGAUGAUGCAUUACUUUCUCACAUGAAAGACAUUCCAUUGACAGACAGCCUAGUGGAUAAUAUAUUUCGGUUACAAAAUGAUGAUGGCUCAUUUACAUUUUCAAAUGAUUUACAAAAAAUAUUUAAUGUCAAUCUCAAGGAUGUUGAAGAAAAUUUAAACGGAUUAGAUUCGUUGUCUGAAGAAAAACGAAAAGAAAUCAUCAAUUUAAUUUUUACAGCGGCAAUAUUAUUUUAUUUCUUAUAUCAUAGCCAAAAGACUCAAUUUCCCAUCGAACUUCAAGCCAUUAAAGAUUUUAUUGAAAAAGCUCGAAACGAAUUAGAAACGUUUUCGUUAAAAGAUGAUCCUUCGAUUCAAUUAUACGUACAAAAAGGUGAAAAAGCUGUGAAUUAUGUGAUACAAAUGCGUGAUAGACAUGCCGAAGAAUGCAAAAAACUUCAUCAAUUUUCAACAUGGGAAGCGUAUGUUCAACAUUUGAUGGCGUUGAAUGAAUAA